AUCACAGUUUUUGCCUGAGGCUAGUCUAGUAGGAGUGAAUGAGUUAACUUGAUUAUGUCGGGUCGGGUCCCCUCCGUGACGACACCCACCCCGGCCAUUACAGUUUUUGCCUUGAGUCUAGCCAGGUAGGAGCGCAUGAGCUUAAUUUGAUUGGGUCGGGUCUCCCACCGGGAUGACUUCGACCCAUCACUGCCAUCAAACUCAACCCUAACCCUAAGCUUAGAUCUGGGUACAUCAUGGGUACGCCUGUCUCUUUAAUUUUUGCUCUUCGAUCCCUAGAUACGCCGGCGCAGUCUAAUCGCCUUUGAUUCAUGAGACAUAGGCACGAUUGCAGCCUCCCAAAUCUAAGCCAGAUUCCCAAGUAAAGGCUUCCUUUUUUUCUCUAUUUGUAAAGUUCUGUUGGGGUUUGGGCUAAUGAUUGAACAUAAAAUAAUUUUAAAAAAAUUAUUUUUCUUAAUAAACAGUAUAAAGUUGUCUCCUUGUUGCAUAACUAAAUCUUUGUUUAUAUUAUGUACCAAAAAAAUCUUUAUUUAUAUUUAUUUUGUGGAUGUAUUUUGUUCUUACUUUCAAAUAAAUAUUAUAAAAAAAAUGAUGAGAGUUAUCCAUACAUUAUUGGAGACAGGUAAGCGAGGACGAAGGGACAAUGACACUCACAAAAGGAAGCGUGCGCUACCUCAGGGAGCCAAGGACAAGGUGGCAAAGAGGAUAAAAAAGGUCAAGCACCAACUGCGUAGCUAUGGCGAGGAGUUAAAGCAGUUCAACGCAGCAUUGUCUAGCAUUCAACCAAAAAUUAUCGAAAUUAGGAUGGGACUGCGGCUGGUGCUGCAGAGGAUGGCACGCCAAGAGGAAAUUAUGGUUGACAUCUUGGAUGCAAUAGAGGAAGGUGAUUCUGUCAAAGUUAACGACCUUGUGCAGAUUCUAUUCUCCACCUAGAGGUUGAUACUGGCGGAUCAGUUUUGUCUCGGUGGCACAUGAAAAAAAAAAAGAAAAAAAAAAUAUAUAUAUAUAUAUAUAUACACACACAGAGACACACGCAUUAGUGUUGCUGUUUUUAUGAAGUUUAAAGACUUGAGCCAAUACUUUGCUAGGUUGUUUUGAAUAUUAUUCCUGUGUGGUUGUUGCAUUAUAAUUUAUAUAAUUAAUAUUAUGCUUGUUU